AUGAAUGCCGAUUCCUUUGAGAAGUGGUUUAGGGGGGUCUUGCCAAAACUAAAACCAAAUUCCGUAGUAGUGAUGGAUAAUGCCCCCUACCACUCCAGGAAACUAGAAUCGCUGCCUAAAAUGUCUUGGACUAAACCUAGAAUACUAGAGUGGCUAACGAGCAAAAAUAUUUCAUUCGAAGCAACAAUGGUUAAAGCUACUCUUAUAGACAUUGUACGGCAGCACAAGCAAGAACAUUGCGAUAAGUAUGUUGUGGACGAGAUGGCAGCGCAGCAUGGGAUAAUUGUUUUACGUCUGCCCCCAUACCACUGUGAGCUCAAUCCCAUUGAGUUGGUAUGGGCGCAGGCUAAAGGAUAUGUUGCAAGAAAUAACAAAACCUUCAAAAUGACAGAAGUAAAAAAACUUUUUGAAGAAGGACUUCAACAUAUCACACCUGAAAAAUGGAAUAGCUGCGUGUCUCAUAUAAUUAAAAAAGAAGACAAAAUGUAUGGUCUCGACCACAUGAUUGACAAUGUUACUGACAGAUUUUUAAUUAAUGUCACCGAAAGCGAUAGUGAUGAUUUUUUAUCUGAUAAUGAAUAA